AUGAAAGCAAUAAGUUUUCUCCUGGCCAUCGGCGCCGCUACACCGACCUCGGCGCUCUCUUCAUGGCGCCGCGCCGCAGGUGACAUCACGGUAGAUUUAAGCAAGACUUACCAGACCAUGGACGGGUUUGGAUGCUCCUUCGCCUUCCAGAGGGCCAAUCUGAUAACGAACAUGUCCGACAAGACAAAGCAACGCCAGCUCCUCGACCUGCUCUUCAACACGACCACGGGCGCCGGGCUGUCCAUCGUGCGAAACGGCAUCGGGUCCUCGCCCGACAGCAGCAGCGACCACAUGAACACCUUCGCGCCCACGAACCCGGGCGGACCCAAAGCGGCGCCGCGGGACAGCUGGGACGGCAGGGACUCCGGCCAGCUGUUCGUCAGCCAGGAGGCCUACAGGACGUACGGCGUGAGGACGAUAUACGGAGACGCGUGGAGCGCGCCGGGCUACAUGAAGAGCAACGGGAACGAGAACAACGGCGGCACGCUCUGCGGCGUCUCCGGGACGAGCUGCCAGAGCGGCGACUGGAGGCAGGCCUAUGCGGACUACCUGGUGCGCUACGUCAAGUACUAUGCCGAUGCAGGGGUUCCCGUGACGCACCUCGGCUUUCUCAACGAGCCAGAAUUUGCGGCAAGCUACGCAUCCAUGUCUUCGAGUGGUGCCCAAGCUGCCGACAUGAUCAAGGUGCUGUCUUCGACGCUGCAGGCAGCGAACCUGUCCUCGCAGGUCGGCAUCGCGUGCUGCGAGUCCGAAGGCUGGGGCAACCAGGUCAACAUGCUCAACGCCAUCAAGUCGGCCGGGGCCGAGGCCCUGCUCAGGACGGUGACCUCGCACACGUACACGGGCGGGUCGUCGAGCCCCAUGAACACCAAGGUGCCCGUCUGGCUGUCGGAGCAGUGCGACCUCAACGGCCAGUGGACGGCGUCCUGGUACGCCAGCGGCGGAGCCGGCGAGGGGCUGACCUGGGCCAACAACAUUUACGCCGCCGUCGUCAAUACGCAGGUCUCCGGGUACCUCUACUGGGAGGGCGUGCAGUGGCCGGAUCCCAAUACCAACGAGAAGAUGAUCAAGGUGGCCAAGACGGCGCCGUACGACUACGAGGUCUCGAAGAGGCUGUGGGCGUUUGCGAACUGGAGCCGGUUCGUCAGACCCGGCGCCGUCCGGGUCGGAAGCAGCGGCGGAAGCGGUGUCAAGAGCGCGGCUUUCAGGAACGUUGACGGCAGCGUGGCAGUCGUGGUGAUCAGCACAGGGGGCUCGGCGAGCGCUGUCAGCGUGAGGAUCACAGGGUUCACGCCGACGACGGCGUCGGCCUGGGUGACAGACGCUGCUCACAACUGUGCCGAGACCAACGUGACUGUCGCUGAUGGCUCGGUAGUGGGCACUGUUGCCGCCAGGUCGAUAACGACGUUCUUCAUUCCCGGGCAAGCGGCGGCGGCAGCGACUCCGACCUUGAAGCCGUUGAGCAAGAGAGGCUGGCGCUUUUUGUGA